CCAGCAGGAGGCAGCAGCACUGCGCAUGCCUGAGAGGGAGGAGGAGGAGGAGGAACCCGGAAGUGCGCGGAGCCGCUGAUCCAUAGCAGCAGCGGAGGAUUAUCCGGAGCUACAGCUGUUCCAACAUGGCCGACGACUGGCAGAACGCCAUGGACCACGCUGUCGCCCUCGCACGCAGAGCUGGAGAGGUGGUGCGUGAGGCUCUGCAGCACGACAGGAAGGUGAUGACGAAGAGCUGCUCGGUGGAUCUGGUGACCCAAACGGACCAGAAGGUGGAGACGCUCAUCAUCCAAUCAGUGAAGGAGAAGUUCCCCACUCACAGGUUCAUAGGGGAGGAGUCUGUAGCUGCAGGUGAAGCGUGCGUUCUGACUGAUAGUCCUACCUGGAUCAUCGACCCCAUCGACGGGACCACCAACUUUGUUCAUGCAUUUCCUUUUGUUGCCGUUUCCAUUGGAUUUUCUGUCAACAAACAAAUGCAGUUCGGCGUGGUCUACAGCUGUCUGGAGGAUAAGAUGUACACGGCGAGGAGAGGAAACGGAGCCUUCUGUAACGGAGAGCCGCUGCAGGUUUCUCAGCAGCAAGACGUGAAGCAGUCGAUGAUCGCCACAGAGUUUGGAUCCAGCAGAGACCCUGAAGUUGUAGAGAAGAUCUUCUCCAGCCUGAAGAACAUCCUCUGUAUCCCCGUCCACGGCGUGCGCGGUGCCGGUACAGCGGCGGUCAACAUGUGUCUGGUGGCGUCCGGCUGUGUGGAGGCGUAUUACGAGAUGGGGAUCCACGUUUGGGACGUGGCGGCUGGCUCGCUGAUCGUGUCCGAGGCCGGGGGGGUCCUGAUGGAUGUGGACGGAGGAGAGUUGGACUUGAUGUCCCGACGAAUCGUGGCCGCCAACAGCCGAGCCGUGGCCGAGAGGCUCGUUGCUGAGAUCGAUGCCUUCAGUCCGCCCAGAGACGACGCUCCGCCACUCAAACCGUGAAGAGAGCAGUGCAUUGUGGGUCACACAACCGAUUUUAAUGGUGUAGUAAACUGUAUGUAAUGAAUAAAGUUUGUCUGGAAAACUAA